UUUUGACAUUUCCAAAUUAAAAAAAAAACUAAAAAUUGUGGAGGAAAUUAUUUUCAAUUUUGGAAUCUUUUGAUUGUGGGAUAAACAAUGUCGAUCUCUCCGUUCCUCCGCAAUCCAGUGUCGGACCUGACUGGUGGUCUGAUCUCGCACCAGAUGCUGGGAAGGUGCCAGAAAGAGGAGGCUCGCUACAUGGAGUGCUUGGAGGUCUACGGGCUGGACCGCGGCCACAAAAAAUGCGCUGAACUAUUCGACGACUUCGCUGAAUGCCAGCAAAUGACCAAACAAUUCAAAAGAUUUAUUGCUAUGAGGACUGAACGCGACAGGCAAAUUGCUGCAGGAAAACUAAAGGGAGAUGAGAAGUACCUAUCUCCAAAGAUCGACAGCUUCUGAAUAAAUGUAGAUCAUGAAUAUUAGAUUGUUUAAAUAUUUAAGUCAAUAAAUUUUGGGUUAUCACACAA